AUGGCAGGAGAGAGUGUGCCCGAGCGUCCAGACCUGAAGGAGAUGGGAGAAGAGGAACUGUGGGAACUUAUUAAUGAUAACCGCCAUCGGCUGUCCUUGGGGGUGCGGCCGUGUGUCGUGAUCCCGUACCUCAGGCAAGCCAGGGUGCUCACUGAGAUGGACGAGGAUGAGAUUCUUUCCAGCCACAACCUCACCAACCGCUCAAUGAGAACAAGCCAUAUGAUGGAUCUGCUGCGGACCCAGGGUAGGAAUGGUGCUGUGGCUUUGCUGGAAAGCCUAAUGAUACACUACCCAACCCUCUACACUCAAGUAACUGGACGGAAGCCCAGCACGGAACCCUCAAGAUUCAGUGGCCUGAUAAAAUAUUCCGAACUGACCGAGUAUCUUAUCAGAGCGGUAACCGGAAUGCAGGAUGAGCUUCGAGAAGCUCGCUGUGAGGCUGGAAGAAUGAGUGCUCGCUGUGCCUCCCUGGAGUCUGAGAUUCAGCAGGUCAUGGAGCACGAAGAGAAGUCCAGAUGUCUCCAGUUGGAAUAUGAGCGCAUGCAUAGACACUUGUCUUCGCUGCAACGUGAAGUCACGCAAUUGAAAGAUGAGAAGUGUGAUUUGUACGUACGCUAUACUGCCGCCAUCGAGGAGAAAUCCGCUGUGAGCACGCGCCUGCAUGACCUCAACUUGCAGAUCUAUCAGCUGCAAACAGAAUUGCAAAAGGCCCAAACCGAGAACGCUUUCCAGAAACGACGUUCUCUCAGAUCCUUGCCUCUUGCCGAGGCGUCUCAACUGCAAGAGGAGGUCCGGAGUCUACGCUGCCAGAUCAUGAAGAUAGAAAAACUCAACCCAGCUCACCAGGAUAUUCUAGCCCAGGAUCUUGCUGAAGCUAUAGAUAGCCAGGUGGAACUUGCAGGUCAGCUCAGGUGUUACAGAGAAGAAAAUGAACAGUUGCACAAAGAAAAACAAGAGUUUCUGGAUCAGAACGAGUCUCUAAGCCUCCAAGUUCAGCAGUUGACAUUGGACUGCAACAUGCACCAACAGAAGAGCAAUGUAUUUCAGAACCAGAUGAGAGAUCUGCAGACUGAGAGAGAUCAAGCAUACCUUUCCAGAAACGAGGCCCAAUCCCAGAUCGCCGCCAUUUUGGCUGAGAAGGACAUUCUAAGAUCUCAAAUGAUAGAACUCCAGGAGAGAGAUUUUAGUGUGACUGUCAAGCACAACAAAGAAUGGCAGAGGUCAAAGGAAAGGGGGAUUAGCUGGGAUUGUCCUCUAUCCAAAUCUGAAGAUUCGUCAUUCCCAGGUCGUCACAGACUUUGCCGCAUGGAUGCAGUUCGUUCUAUAUCAGUGAAUUCCUUCACAACUGAGUGUGAAGAUCCAUUAGCAAGUAGUGUCCGAUCCGGAGACGUCGAGCCUCCCAGUCCCCAGUCUCUCCGUAGAAGAGAGGGAACUCUUCAUGAGGACAGCAUCCUGGAAACAACGGAGACCGAUGAUUCUUCGUUGGAGGACUUUGAGAUCCUUCCCACUGUGGUGAGGGAAGACGAUUCCCCAGCAAGACAGCGAUGUGCUCCUAGAAGAACCAAAAACGUGUACAGCCUGCAUAAAAGUUCUGUACCUCCCUUCCUCGUGCGUUCACGUCCAAAAGCAAUACGAGUCAACGGCCGCGUAGUCACCAUUGCCUUCCAGGGAGAGACUUUGCUAAAUCAGAUUGCCGUGGUAGGAGGUAAUAAGACUGGAGUCUUUGUGCAUGAAGUAACGGAAGGGAGUUCAGCACAUACUGUGGGUAUCACCCACGGUGCUCAAAUUGUGGAGGUGAGGUACCAACAGGACCAGAAAGCUGUCAAGAUGGUCCUGGAAGAUUCCACAUUAGAAGAAGCUCAGUGGGCACUUGGCCAAGUCACUGGUCUCUGCCAUCUCUCUUUGCGUCCCAGGCAAGACGAUUACGAGGCACUUCUCCAGCAAUUGCAGCAGAGCGAAAUGUCAUCAGGCGACUCCUUCUACGUGCGUGUCAACGUGACCAUCCCAGCAGGUCCCAAAGAAACAUUGACUGUGUCCUGCAAUGACAUUCUACAUGUGACCAACACAAGGCCUGCGGCCACCGAAGACUCCUGGUACGCCAAUCAAGUUCAUCCCUGCCAGCUUCUGGCCCUCCAUAGUGGAUUGGUACCCAACUAUUACAGAGCACAGCGACUUCUAAUUGGGGCUAUUGAAGAAAUGAACUCUCAAACAUGCAAGUCUCAAAAGGAAGGGGAUGCGGUGGAUCGGAAAACAGUGAGGAUUGUUAGCACGGGUCGCCAGGGCCGAAACCCUCUGUGGGUCAGCGUAGAGAACGAAAAGAGCAAGAGCACAGAUUCUGAUGUAACAUCAGCACCGAGAAGUUGUCUAACCCUCAUGCCCUAUUCGCCGGUCACGCCCCACUUCCCACCCAUUUGUCGACCAGUCCUGCUGCUUCCAUCCAUCCUGGGACGCAUCCUGGAUAAGAAGGUGGCAUCAUGGCAGGGCUUUGAGCUCUGUGAACCUGAGAUUAUGAGUUCCAGUGACUAUGCAGCCUGUUUGCAGAAGUCUGAGCUCCUGGAGGAAUGUGAGCAGGGAGGAAAUUGCUGCUACACUCUACAGAGUGUGGAAAAAGUCAUGAAGAAGGGUAUUCAUUGUGUUUUGCCUCUUGGGCUGGACUGUGUGCGUCGCCUGCACAGGGCAGAGAUUUUUCCAAUCAUUAUCUUCAUCAGCCAGUCACCACGCAGUGCACGUAAACUGAAAUCAAAGCUUCAACGUCUCAACUGUUCGGAGGAGCAUCUGCUGGUGUGUUCCAGAAGCGAAGAAACGCUAUUGGACAAGCUCCCAUGUUUGUAUCAUCACGUGACCCCUGACUUGUGGUGUGAUCAGACCUCACUGCUGACCAGAUUGCGCACAGUCAUCUGGGAGGAGCAGAAGAAAAUUGUAUGGGUUGAGCCAGACCUGUGGUAA